AUGCGCAUUGCUAGAGAGAGCGCGGAUUGCCAAAGGGAGAAAGCAGACAGCGCGCGGCUAACGGCGGGUGUUUAUUUCUAGGCGGGAAGCGGGAGGAGAAGGAGUCGCCAUGCCGAGGGAGAUCAUCACACUGCAGCUGGGGCAGUGUGGCAACCAAAUUGGGUUUGAAUUCUGGAAGCAGCUUUGUGCAGAGCAUGGCAUCAGUCCUGAGGGUAUUGUAGAGGAAUUUGCCACGGAGGGUACUGAUCGCAAAGAUGUGUUUUUCUAUCAGGCAGAUGAUGAGCACUAUAUCCCACGAGCUGUUCUCCUGGACUUGGAACCACGAGUAAUACAUUCCAUUCUGAACUCUCCAUAUGCUAACCUGUACAACCCAGAAAAUAUAUACCUGUCUGAACAUGGCGGUGGGGCUGGGAACAACUGGGCCAGUGGAUUUUCACAGGGGGAAAAGAUUCAUGAAGAUAUUUUUGACAUUAUAGACAGAGAAGCUGAUGGCAGUGACAGCUUAGAGGGUUUUGUGCUGUGCCAUUCCAUCGCAGGCGGGACUGGCUCUGGUUUGGGUUCUUACCUCCUGGAGAGAUUAAAUGACAGGUAUCCUAAGAAACUGGUACAGACAUAUUCAGUCUUCCCCAACCAGGAUGAAAUGAGUGAUGUAGUAGUGCAGCCAUACAACUCCCUCUUGACGCUCAAGCGGCUCACACAGAAUGCUGAUUGUGUGGUGGUUCUAGACAAUACAGCUUUGAACCGCAUUGCUACUGACAGGCUGCACAUCCAGAAUCCAACAUUUUCUCAAAUCAACCAGCUGGUCUCCACCAUCAUGUCUGCCAGUACCACUACAUUGCGCUAUCCAGGCUACAUGAAUAAUGACUUGAUUGGAUUGAUUGCUUCCCUUAUCCCCACUCCCCGGUUGCACUUCCUCAUCACAGGCUACACACCGCUUACCACAGACCAGGCUGUGGCCAGCGUUCGCAAAACUACUGUCCUUGAUGUGAUGCGACGGCUGCUGCAGCCCAAGAACGUCAUGGUGUCCAUGGGACGUGAUCGGCAGACAAACCAUUGCUACAUUGCCAUCCUGAACAUCAUCCAGGGAGAAGUGGAUCCCACCCAGGUCCAUAAGAGUUUACAGCGGAUCCGGGAGAGAAAACUCGCUAACUUCAUUCCAUGGGGCCCGGCUAGCAUUCAAGUGGCACUUUCCAGGAAAUCUCCCUACUUGCCAUCAGCACAUAGGGUCAGCGGUCUGAUGAUGGCAAAUCACACCAAUAUCUCGUCGCUCUUCGAACGUACCUGCCAUCAAUACGACAAACUACGCAAACGUGAAGCCUUCCUGGAACAGUUCCGCAAGGAAGACAUAUUCAAAGAGAAUUUUGAUGAGCUUGAUGAUUCCCGCAAGAUUGUGCAGGAGCUGAUUGAUGAGUAUCAUGCUGCCACUCGGCCUGACUAUAUUUCCUGGGGCACACAAGAGCAAUGAGUUGGCUUGUAGAACUCUCUUGCCUUCUGUCAUGUUUUCCUCAAGAUUGCUUCAAAUACACCAGCUCCCAUAUCUGUGUGUGAGGGGGCGUUCACAGGUCCUUCAUGGAAGGAAGGGAAUCAGAUGCCUUUUUGAUGCUGAUGCUAAGAUCCUUGCCCAUUUGCCUCAAGGUUGUAUGUGGUACCUUCCCUUAGAUCAGGAGUCACCAGGUCUGGUUAAUAGCAAGCAGUACUAGGGUAACUUCUUCUGCUUGUUCCUUUUGAAUGUCCUUAAGCACGUUUAUCUACUAAGCUGUCUUUCAUGGUGCACUUGUAUUUAUUAAAACACAUUUAUGUUGGCAUAGGUGCCAGAGUGAACAAUUGCACUAGGAUGCCCAUAACAUUUAAAAUAACACAAACCUGUAUUUUUGCAUAAGAUACCAACUGGCACUUUAUGUUGUUCUGUUUUUAUGGGACAGUAACUGCACUGCAGCUAUAACUGGAAUGUAGGGAAGAAGAGUUUUCAGAGUCUGCAACUUUUCGUAUUGCAAAGGAUAAAGGGGUUGAUUAUACACAGCUUUUUUUGUUCCUUCUCUCCCUUCCACCUUUCUAAUAUUGUCUGAAAUAAGAGGGAGUAGAAAACAAUCCCCAAGUACUGUAUAUUUAUUUGGCAUUCUUUCCAGUUCUCUUCAUUCUUAACUCCAAGGGGAAGCAUUCCAUCAUAGUUGCUGUAAUAAUUUCCACAACAACCAGGUAAUCAGAAGUUAAAUGGAGUAAACAUGGUUAUAUUAUUGUUUUUACUGUCUAGAAUUAUCAGUUAGCAGCUAACUCAGGCCUACUAUAUUAUUAGUAAUCUUUCCAUGUUCCUGCAUGCCUCUUGUUUCCAGUACUGCAUUUUAAAACCUUUCAAAAACAAUGUGCCCAUCAUUUUCUUCUUGCAGAGUACUGCUCUUUUCCUAUCAAAUGGGUUGUAAUUGGCAGUACUCUGCAAGAAGAAAAUGAUGGGCACAUUGUUUUUGAAAGGUUUUAAAAUGCAGUACUGGAAACAAGAGGCAUGCAGGAACAUGGAAAGACUCAUUUUGUUUGCAAAGGCAUAGCUGUAGUACUGGGCAGCUUUCAAAAAAGCCAGCAGUGGCCUUGGUUUGGGAAUUGAAAGACUAAUUGCUAACCUUUAUAGCCCUUGUGUUACAUGUACAUUAUUGCGGAAUUGUGUAUCAAUGAAAACAAAAGUCCUCUGCUGGGAUGUGUGCAAAGAAUGGAAAUUGUCCCUAUGGGAAAUGUGUGUUUAUGUAUACAUUUAAUAUUGAAGAUCUGCUGGAUGAGAGCUGGGGAACACCCUUAGUGCACCUGCUGCUUUCUAUGCUGGCAGAUCAUACUUUACUGAAGGCCAGAACACCCUAUAUUUAGUUUUUCUCACAAGGCAGGUUCCCCCUCUAGUUAUAUUCACAGUAGUGCUAAUAAUCCAUUGUUUCCAACCUGAUUUGUUUUCCAAAAGAGGAACUGUAGAAGAGCCAGCCACUGGAGGGGAGCUUCAGUUUAAGACAGCAUUUACUGACCGUUUGUAUCUCUUGUGCAAGGUGUGAUACAUGAAUGGAAAAUAGUGAAUUACAAAUAAAAAGCAAAAAUUGUGA